AUGACAGAAGAGUUUCGUCAGUGUUUUGUGGGUGAAAAAGGUUAUGAGACCUUAAAAAAACUAAUGAGAAGUGGGAACGAAUUUUCUACAGAAAUUGCUAAAUGUUUACAAGAACGAAGUGACGCUGAAACAGCUUAUGUCAGAGCUCUUCGAAAGAACGGUGAUACAUUACAAAAACUUGCUGGUCGAGCCAAAGGAACACUGUCAACAGCAUUUACAAUUCUUGCUGCACAGACAAGUAAAGAAAGUGAUGCACAUAGUGCUGUUGCUAAUAUAUUAUUAAGUGAGAUUUCUAUGCCGAUGAAAAAUCUUGCUGAAGCACAAUAUAAAGAGAGAAAAUUAAUUGAAGAUACACUGAAUGGAAAAUUUAAAGAAUGGAAUGAUGCAAAAGAUGUUGAUAAUAAAUAUCGUUCACGUCAAUUUGAAAAAUCUAGAGAAAUUGAAUCAUUAUAUCUUAAAAUAAGCGAAUUACCAAAGACAUCGAGAAAAAUGGCCAGAGAUCCAACAAAGAUGGAAAUGUCAAUUCGAAGAGCUGAAGAAGACUUAGAAAAAAUAGAAAGAAAAUAUCAUGAUUCAACAAGAAAUGUAGAAUCAGUACGACAAUUAUGUGCUGCUGAACUGUGUCGAGGUUGCAACCAAAUGCAAAAAAUGGAAUUAGAAAGAAUCAAUGAAAUGGAUAAAUAUAUUCAUAUCUAUGCUAAUGCAAUUCGAACACUUGCUGAAACUACGAAUCAGGUUUCUCACGAAUUAAAUUCCAUUCAAGUCUUACCAAAUGAAGAUAUUAUUAUUGAAGCUCGAUCGAAUUUACAAACAACUGAAAUCGAAAUAUUACUUUAUGAUAUAUAUGCUGAAUAUGAACAAGCAAUGGGUGAACAACGACGAAUAUUAAGCCUUAUGCGUUGGAUAGACAUGUUGAAAAAAGAUGUUGACAUACAACGACGAUCAAAUAAUGUAAGUGCUGCUUCUUAUCGUGAUGGUUCAUCACCAUCAUCAAACGAUGAUGAUGGUGCGAUGCGUCGUGAAAAAGAUAAAAAGCAAGGAAAGAAAAAGGCAGCAGGUUUUUCAAGUGAAAUGUUCAUUGAUCAACCGAGUACUCAUCUUUUUCAAUGUCUUUAUGAAGCAAGUUUAUAUAAAAUUGAAUCAGUUUAUAAUCGUAUAAAAAAUCUGCCUGAAAAACAAUAUGAACAUGAAAAUUGUUUUACUAAAACAUAUAAUGAUAAAGGAGAUCCAACAACACUAAUUCGCAUUCCACUUCGAUCAUCAAUAGAUACACCUCCAUCAGCUCCAUCAGCAACAAAAUAUUUUGCUGAAGUAAUGCCAAUGUUUAUUCAACCAAUUAUGCAGCAACCUCCAAUGAUAUAUGCUACACAAAGACAAGCACCACCAAUGGCUUUGAUAGCUAAUGACACUCAUAUGAAAUCCACAUCAUCAGGUAGAAAAUAA